AACAAGACCGCACGCUCCCCAUGGCCAUGAAUCUCUUACGGAGGGCUAGGGAUGCAGCUACCCUCAAGGCCGACGAGAGCCGCCACGAGGAGACCACUUCAUGGGUGAACCGUGACCUGGUGCCCCUGCCGCCAUCGCGGCGGACAUGGGGGUGGUUCAAUUUCUUCGGUGCCCAGUCGCUGGGCGCCCUCAACAUGUCGUCGUGGCAAUUGCCAAACGCCUUUCUCACCCAAGGCCUGUCGGUCGGCCAAGCCAUGGCCAUCGUCGUGGUUUCGCGCCUGAUCGUCUCGGCGUUUGCCUGUGUCGUCGGCUGGUGCGGGCUGACCUGGCACGUCGGCUUCACGGUGCAGAACCGGUUCACUUGGGGGAUGCGGGGUUCCUACAUCCCCCUGCUCCAGCGCAGCCUGCUCAACUUCAUUUGGACCGCGCUUCAGUGCUGGAAUGGAGGCAAACUUGUCACUGUUGCCCUGACGGCACUAUGGCCUUCGUUUCACAACCUUCCAAACACCCUCCCGGAGAGCAUGCCAACCACGACGUCCGAGAUGGUGGGCUUCGCCGUCUUCUGGAUCCUUUCGGUCCCUUUCCUAUUUAUCCGACCGGAACGAUUCAAGAAGCCAUUCUUCGUUUCCAGCCUCGGCUGCGGCGUCGGCAUGAUAUGCAUGAUGAUCUGGGCCCUAGCUGCCGCCGGGGGAGUCGGCCCCGUCUUUUAUAAAGCCGUGGACGUGCCCGCUUCGUCUCGCUGGAGCGUCUCGUGGCUGAUAAUGGCCGGCCUGAACCAGGCCAUCGGCGGCGUUGCCGCCGGCAUUGCAAACGAGAGCGACUUUUCCCGGUACUCCAACUCUGCGCUCGGCUUCGUACUGGGUACCGUCUCGGUGCAGUGGGUUGUCGGUAUCUUUGUCGCGCUCGGUGGCCUGGUGACGACGGCCGCAUGCCAGGUGUUGUACGGCAAGAUAUACUGGAAUCCUCCCGACCUGAUGUUGGUUAUUAUAGACAACGGCAACGGCUCGUCGGGCUCUCGUGCCGGUGUCUUCUUCCUCGCUCUCGCAUUCACCUUUGCAAUCCUAUUCCAGAACGUGUGCGGCAACGCGGUAGCCGGCGGCAUCGACCUGGCCGGCGUCUUCCCCCGCUACGUCGAUAUCCGCCGGGGCGCAAUCAUCACGUUCGUCGCCGCCUGGGUCCUGCAGCCGUGGCAGCUCAUCAACCGCGCCGCCACCUUCAUCAACGUCCUGUCGUCCUUUUCCGUCUUUCUCGCCCCGCUCCUGGGCGUCAUGAUUUGCGACUACUUCUUCGUGCGCCGCCAGCGGGUCAAGCUGAGCCACCUCUACCGCCCACGAGGUUCCGACUACUGGUUCACGCAUGGCUUCAACCCGCGUGUCAUCCCCUGCUGGGUUGCCGGAUGGAUCCCCACCAUCGGCGGCCUCGUCGCAACCGUCGGCGGGUACUCAAACGCCCCGGAUGCCCUAUUUCAGCUGUACUACGCUGCUUUUUUCAUUGGCCUCAGCAUCUCGUUUACCCUCUUCUUGAUCGUGAACAUGUUGUUUCCCCCGCCCGGUUCGGGUGAGUUUGACCCCUACGACGACUGGGCCACAUUUACGCCCAAGGAGGCGGCCAGGCUGGGUAUUGUGCCGAACGAGAAUGCAGAGGAGCUGGUGCACACAAGACUUGGCCAGUCUGGAUAUGACAAGAGUCGGAGACAAGCGGUUGCGGUCAACAAGGAGAUGCACCCGGAAGCGGUUGGGACCGUGUCAGUUCCUGUGGAGGUGCCUGAGAAAGUGGCAGAUAAGUAGUAGUCCUGAAGGUGACCUGUAGCUAUCAGAAAGGUCCCUGGGGCGUUUGGGUAAUAUCCACGUCUUCACAAUCAAACUUGUCAGUGUCUCGGCCAUUCUCAG